GGGAGCAGCACCAAGGGGAGCCACGAAGGGCUUCUCCUAUUGUGCCUCCUCUGUCAACCACACCGCCCCGAGGGGCGUCCCCGGCAAGGGCACCAAGCCCCGAGGCCAUGCACACGGAGGAGGAGGAGGAGAACGCCGGUGCUGGUGGCUUUCCUUCGGCACCGGAUCUUGGCGGAGAAAGGGCUUCCGCCUCUCGGCCUGGCAUAGGCCCUUCUUCGGAGGACGUCGACACCACCAUCAAGGACGUCGCCGUGGAGGCCGCGGCGAAGGCGGAGAAGAUUGCUGCCGAGGAGAGCACCAGGGGUGCCACCGAAGACGCCGCCAAGGGGCCCACUAAACGCCCCAACAAGGAGCAUGCCGAGGAGCCCGGCAAGGGGCCCGCCGAGGGGACCGGCAAGGCCACUGCCGAGGAGGCGGUGGUCGACGACCAGCCCUCCUCCUCCGCCGCCUCUGGCUCCGGCAAGUACCUGAAGGUGAGCGAUGACCUCUUCGUCCACCUUCCAGGCGCGUCAAGCUCCAGAGCCCCCGUCGAGGGGGAAUUGCUCGACAAUGAGGUGCUUGCCGCCGCCGGUUUUGGAUGUUGUUGA